AUGGAGUGGCUGAAACAGCUAAAAGAUGUUGUUGGUGAAGCUGAUGAUGUGAUGGAUGAGGUUCACUACGAAAUGUUGAGGCGUGAGGUAAAGAAUCGAGAUCAGCCUGGCCCUGUUGUUCCAUAUCGUCCAUAUCCGGAGACUGUCCCAAAUUUAGACGAAUUCAAAAUGUUGGGAGGGAGGAUGAAGAAGAGCGCAUCAUACACCUAUUAA